AGUUUUACCCAAUACUGUAUACAUAAUAUAUAUACUGGGGGGCGGGCCAGCGGGCGGGCCGGUCAGAGACAAGGCGGGCCGGAUCCGGCCCGCGGGCCGGCCUUUGCCCAGUCCUGUGUCCUGUCUCAUUUUUGUGUGUUACAGAGAAAAGAAGAUGCGUUUUAUGUCCUUGACCUUGGUGACGUGGUGGAAAAGUACGAGAAAUGGCUGAGACUGAUACCCCGGGUACAACCUUUCUAUGCCGUCAAGCAAACCCUUCUCCAGUUGUGGUCAAGCUGUUAGCGCAUCUUGGAGCAGGGUUUGACUGCGCCAGCCAGGCAGAAAUAGACCUCGUACUUGCGAUGGGUGUUACACCUUCCCGUAUCGUGUUUGCCAAUCCAUGCAAACAAAACUCCGUCAUCCACUUCGCUAACUCUAAAGGUGUGGAGAUGAUGACUUUUGACAACGAGGUUGAGCUGCAGAAAAUUAAAGAAGCUUUCCCACGAUGUCGUCUGCUCCUGAGAAUCCUGCCCAAGUCCGGAUUCAGGCAACAUGGGGAACUAGGCAACAAAUUUGGCUGUCACCUGGAGGACGUCCCACACCUGCUUCUGAAGGCACAGCAACUACAACUCAACGUCAUCGGCAUCAGCUUCAACGUGGGCACGGGUGUGAUGGAGCCUGAGGCCUACUCAGCCGCAAUACAAAUGGCAGCAAAAGCCUUUGACAUGGCAAAAGAACUCGGAUUCUGUUUCCAGCUUCUUGAUAUCGGUGGAGGAUUCCUGGGGUGCUCAGGUGACGCGGAACAGUUUGAAAGGACUGCCAAAGUCGUGAACGAGGCUCUACAGAAGUAUUUCCCUCCAGAAAGAAACAUCCGCCUCAUCGCCGAGCCAGGAACAUACUUUGUUGCUUCUGCCUUCACCCUCGCCGUCAACGUCAUAGGGAAACGUCUCGAGUCACGUGACACACCAGACCAACAAAACCACAUGCCAGGCAAAUGUCACAAAAGAUUUAGAUAUUUUCUGAAUGAUGGUGUUUACGGAUCGUUCCUGAACUUUCUCCUCACUCGGACACUAAAGCUGACUUUUGAGCCUCUUCAUACACCUGCAAACUCUCAGAGGUUUACAUGCAGCCUGUGGGGGCCGACAUGUGAUGGCUUGGAUCUGAUCCGUGACCAGGUGGACCUACCUGAGAUGAAGGUGGGCGACUACCUGUGUGUCCGUAACAUGGGUUACUACACCAUCACCAUGCACAGCGGCUUCAACGGCAUGCCCAUGCCUGAAGUCUUCCUUUACUGUGCUGAAGACAUCUGGCUUCGCGUGUUUCCCGAGAGGAAGGUCCCCAUCCCACAGGUUUUCUUAGUCUGCUGACUAAAGCCAUUACAAGCGCAAAACAAGCUUUAUUUGAAUGGAGAUAAAUAAAGCCAAGCAAUGUAUUAAUAGACAGUUGACCCCUGUUGACGCACACAACAGCAUUAUUCAUUACAAAAAUUUUUUUAAGAUGUGUCUAGAUGUGAAACAACUUAUUUAAUCACUUAAAAUAAUGAAUCAAGUAUGGCUUAACU